AGUCUUAGAGGUAACGGGUGGGGGGAAAGGAGAGAGGUUGAAUUUCAACCCUCACAACUGUGCUAUCUGAAAGACCAUCAGUUUCAAUCUAAAAGAUAUGUCUUGCCGAGUCUGCCUCAAUGGCCGAUGAAUUCCUCGUCCACGCUUUAUUACUUCAGUCCAUUCCACUACAUUCUUUGCUAACCAAUCUAAUUCUACUAUCCAACACCGUGAUACCCGAUUUCUAGCUUGCUCCAUCUGCAUAUCAGUUCUGUGUUUAAUCUGUAUUAAUUCUGCUGGUAGACCAAGUAAGAUAGAAGAGGUCCAGUUAUAAUCUCCUGAAAGGCAUCUCACGGGCGAAUUCUGGACCAUACUUCAAUCACUGAGGGAUGCUCGACAGCUGCAGCAGGGCUUGAAUGUUACAUCUUACAAAGUGAAACUAAGUGACAUAGGUGACGACAAUGAUUCGCUCGCCGAUGAGCUCACUGCCUUCUGUGCCUGCUUUGACCAUCAAAACAUGGACAAACAACCACAGCUCUGAUGACCUUGUAACUACAGUCUCUGAGGCUGAGGUGAGAGCAUCCUUCAAGAGGGUGUAUCAAUCGAAAGCAUCCUGGCCCAGGCGGGGUACCUGGCUGAGUGCUAAAGACCUGUGCCUAUCAACUGGGUGGAGUGUUCACCAAUAUAUUUAACUUCUUACUUUGGCAGUCUGAGGAACCCACCAGCAUCAAAGAGGCUUUAUUAUCCUUAUUAUAAUAAAGUCCAUGUCAGUCUGUGUGUCAGAAUAAUACACUGCCAAGUAUCAGCUUUGGCUUAGCAGCAGUUUUGUCUGAGAUCAGAAGGGUGAAAAUUUUGUGAUCAUUCAUGAUCUGAUGAAAUGACCUGACUUGAUGAAAUGGGGUGGGGUGGGUGCUUGGAGCAGGCCCACAACCUCAGCCUUAGUGCAGCAAAGAACGGAGCAAAAGUUGUGGAACAAUGGGCAGAAUCGGUCAAACCCUCAUCUCUGGUCUUGACAUCCAGCCCGGCGUUAAAAUCGUCCAAACAUCGGGUCGUUCUUCACUCUAAGACUGAGGCAACCUAUGCCUAAGAGGUAACCUGAUAAAAGUAUAUAAUUUUAUAAACUUCUAUCAGGUCACCCCUCAGCUUCCAAUGUUUGAGAAAAUCAAACCAACUUUGUCCAACCUCUCAUUAUAGUUAAUACCCUCUAAUCCAGACAACAACCUGGUGAACCACUUCUGUUCCCCACCCUAAGCCUCCACAUCUUCCUUGUAAUGUAUCUAUCAGAAUUGCACACAGUACUCAAAAUGUUGCCUAACCCAGGUUUUAUUUUGGUGACAUGGCAUCCUGACUUUUAUCCCUCACAUUCAACGUUAAUGAAGGCGAGUGUGCCAUAGGCUUUCAUUAACACCCUAUCCACUUGUGUUGCCACUUUAAGGGAGGUGUGGACUCUUACCCCACAAUCCCUCUGUAUAUCGAUGCUCCUAAGGUUCCAGGUUAUGCCUAGGCCUUGUCUGCUCACCUGAGUGGGUCCCAUUCUGCUUUUGCUGUGAAGAAUAUUUAGCUUCCUCUUGAAAAGAACCAGUGAUUAUGACUCCUCUUUAAAAGACGAAUACAAACCAAAUCGGAUGAGCAUUAUCAUGGGCUGAGUGAUUGUCCUUUGGAUCACCAUAAGAUAUAGGAGACCAUAUUUGUGUAUAAAAUGAUGAGAGGCAUUGAUUGUGUGAACAUCUCCCUCUGCAAAUGGAUACUAGACUUCCUGACUGGGAGACCUCAGUCAGUCCGGAUCGGAGGCAGCAUCUCCAACACUAUCACACUGAGCGUAGGGGCCCCCCAGGGCUGUGUGCUCUGUCCACUGCUGUUCAUUAUGCUGAUCCAUGACUGCUGCAACACACAGCUCGAACCACAUCAUCAAGUUCACAGAUGACACAACCGUGGUGGGUCUCAUCAGCAAGAACGACGAGUCAGCUUACAGAGAGGAGGCGCAGCGGCUAACGGACUGGUGCAGAGCCGAUAACCUGCCUCUGAAUGUGAACAAAACAAAAGAGAUCGUUGUUGAUUUCAGGAAGGCACGGAGCGACCACUCCCCACUGAACAUCGAUGGCUCCUCGGUAGAAAUCGUUCAGAGCACCAAGUUUCUUGGUGUUCACCUGGUGGAGAUUCUCACCUGGUUCCUCAACACCAGCUCCAUAGCAAAGAAAGCCCAACAGUGUCUCUACUUUCUGCGAAGGCUGAGGAAAGUUCAUCUCCCACCCCCAUCUUCAUCACAUUCUACAGGGGUUGUAUUGAGAGCAUCCUGAGCAGCUGCAUCACUGCCUGGUUCGGAAAUUACAUCAUCUCAGAUCGCAAGGCCCUGCAGCGGAUAGUGAGGUCAGCUGAGAAGAUCAUCAGGGUCUCUCUUCCCUCCAUUACAGACAUUUUCACUACACACUGCAUCCGCAAGGCAAACAGCAUUAUGAAGGACUACACGCACCUCUCAUAUAAACUCUUCUCCCUCCUGCCAUCUGGGAAAAGGCAUCGGAGCAUUUGGGCUCUCACGUAUGUAGCAAACUCUGGAACGAAGACAAUGAAUGUUGAAGAAUGAUGAAUUGACCCUGAUUAUGAUGCCGGUCUUUCCCAAGUCCAGCAAACAACUGAAGAGGAGAAUCCACCCAUUGCCCUCAGUUCAGCACUCUAAUGGGGCUAUUGGAUUCCAGUCACACACCCAUCCAGGACAAAGUCUGCAGAAAAAGUCAUUCUGGACAACAGCCUUGGAGAAUUCAGCAGCUCAGCAGGAUACAUUCUCCAUGGAGCAGCUGAUGGAGACAACGGACAGCCUGAGCCUGCAGCAGGGCCAGAUGUGGUCAGUCAACCUCCUGGAGCAACAGAACGUCCCACGAGCAGAACCAGCCCCACCACUCGAGCCAAACCUGACCCCACGCUUUCGGAAGCUGAACUGCUGCUCUGAUGUCUUUCAGUGCACCCUGGUGAAUAUUCCACAGAAUCAGGCAUUGCUGAAACAAGUGAAGCUUCCUCUAGGGUUUAUCUGCCAACCAUUCAAAGAUUCCAGAGAGCCUCCGUUGUUGAUUACUGAUGCACCCCCUCGCUGCUCAACAUGUGAGACCUACAUCAACCCCUUCAUCACCUUCACCGAUCAGCGGCACUGGAAAUGCAACUGUUGUUUCUCCCUCAACGAUGUACCUGGGAAUUUCCUCUGUGACGCCCUGACCGGUAGUUACUCUAAUCCCUACAGUCGGCCUGAAUUGCAGCAUGCAGCCGUGGAGUUCCUGGUGCCAAUGGAUUAUCAGGCUGGGCGUCCUCGGCCUGUAACAUACCUGUUCGUAUUUGAUGUUAGUGACUGUGCCUUGGAGACUGGUUACCUGGGAAUUGUCUGCAAAACCCUGCUUGCGAACGUAGAUCGGUUACCAGGAGAUUCACAAACCCGGAUUGGGUUCAUUACAUUUGCCAGCACGGUAAAUUUCUUCCAAUUGCACAACAGUUUGUUUCGACCUCGUAUGAUGGUUAUGGCUGAUACUGAUGAUAUCUUUGUACCAAGCGAGAAUGAGAUAUUGGUGAAUCUCCAUCAAAGUAGACAGCUCAUCAUUUCCCUGCUUGAGGAUUUGCCAGGUAUGUUCAGAGACACUCAGAAGAAAGGAUGUGCCUUUGGACCAGCUCUACAGGCCGCGCAGAAAGUCCUGACUCAUUGUGGUGGACAUGUGUCUGCUUUUCUGACCCAGUUACCUAGCACAGGCUGUGGGUCCUUAAAACCCCGGGAAGAUCCUGGCGAUUGUACUCUGGGAGUAAAGCACUUGGGGCCAGCUAUCAACUUCUACAAGGUGCUUGCAAUUGAGUUCUGUGGACAGCAGACUGGUGUGGACCUAUUCUUGUUAAGCCAGCAGUAUGUCGACCUUGCCUCUAUAGCUUGUCUUUCCAGGUACACAUGUGGCAAUGUAUAUUAUUAUCCAGCAUUCCAUCAUAUCCACAGUCCUGCCAUGGUAGAAAAACUUGACAAAGAAUUCCAGUGCUACUUGACCCGCUCCUUUGGCUACGCGGGAACACUGAAGAUUCGAUGUACACAAGGUCUCAUUGUGGACACUCUCUAUGGAAACUCUUUCCUGCAGUCAAUGCAGAAGGUGUACCUGCCCUGUGUCCAUCCUCAGGCAGAGUUUGCCUUUCAAAUGAUGAUAGAUGGUGCUACAGCUGAGAGUUCUCACGUGAUCUUCCAGUCCUCUCUUCUCUACACUUCCUGCCAAGGUGAAAGGCGUGUUCGAAUCUACACCUACUGCCUCCCAGUGGUUAGCUCCUUAAAGGAGAUUUAUGCAGGAGCCAAUGUAGGCGUCAUUGUGGGCUUUCUUUCCAAGAUGGCCGUGGAUCGUUCUGUAAGGUUCUCCCUCUCUCAUACUCGAGACGAGUUGAUCAAAGUUCUCACUGAUGUUCUGGUUGCCUAUCGUACCUCACUGUGCAGUCAACAACAGAACACACUGCCUAUCCCACACACACUGCUGCAGCUUCCGCUGUACGUCCUGGCCCUACUCAAGCAGCCUGCUUUCCACACAAGUCAUGCUAUGAGCCUGGAUGAGCGGGUCUUCAGGAUGUUGCAGCUGAUGGAGCAGCCGUUGAGUUUUGUGUUGCGAAUGAUUUACCCAGAUCUGUACCGGAUUGAUGAUUACCUCAACAGGCAGACUGAAGACAACCAGAUGGAAAUGGACACCAAAACGAUAAAGAGGCCAGCUCUGAUGCCACUCUCUGCAGAGAGUCUUACACUGGAAGGAGCCUUCCUAAUUGACUGUGGUCAUGUUCUGUACAUCUGGGUCGCCAGACACUGCAACACUGCUUUUCUCAGCGACGUACUGGGUGUGACCAGUUAUAUCUCACUGCCUGGAACUCUGACCUUGCUGCCCAUUUUGGAAAACCCGGCUUCUAAACUCAUCCAUGUGUUACUGGAAUCCUUAAGGAAGGAGAGACUUUACCAUGUACCUUGUUUCAUCAUCAAGGAUGACAGUUCAUCGCGGUCCAUAUUCAUCACUCAUCUGAUCAAUAACCGCACGGAAUCAGCAAUGUCCUACUAUGAAUUUCUGCUUCACCUGAAGGAGCAGGUAUGAAAGCAGAAACCCAGCUGGCUCCAGAGAUGACUGGUUCACCCAAGGCAGUCCAUUGAAAUAGCAAAUGCUCCAAAACAAAAAAAAAUCUUUCUCUCAUUUUAAACUCUUUGGUUGCAUUUUGAUCAAGCAGAUUUUGAAAUGAAAUAGAAAACACUUCCAGGAUGCUUCAUAGGAUGUGUGUACAAAACCAAGUUUAUUGUCUCCUGAUUGGGGAGUUACCUGAAUGAAGCACGGAAGGGCGAGGAUGUCAGGUAUCAAACCCCACCCCUUAACCCCCGUACACUUGGAAUGUUGGUAGUUCAUGGUGUGCAUCUUAGAUGUUAGAAUAAACUGAAAGAUCUAUUUAGGAUGGGGGUGAUUGGACAGUCAACCUGUCUAUUAAGCCUGUAGACCCCCUUCUGAAGAAAGGGUGGAUUUUAUGCACUCUGUUUGUAACCUGUAGUUGUCUGUUCACUGCAGUUUAUUGAAGAAAUAGCCUAAUUAAACCUCAGUUACCCUACCAUAGAUUCAGUCAUAAACUCUGUUGCUGCUGUAAAGCACACCUAGCCUACUGUUUGCAGUAGACCCCUUUUGUUAUUCAUACUAAAGUAGAUAAUGUUCUGUUUGUUGUAAAUUAGACUGUUUGAUAUGUCUGGCAUAAAGGUUAUCCCACCUUCAAUUUACCAUCUGACAGAAUACAUUUUGACACUAUGGCUUCAACACCAAGUUAUAAUCGGAUGUUCUAGUUCAUAGAUAUUCAGAAAUCAAAUAGUGUACAUGAUAUACAUUGCAAUGUCAAAGAAAUAAUAUAACCAGGGAAAGGAUACUGCACAGAUUCUUGUCAACAGUUCCAGAAAUAAGACCUUGUUAAUGCAAUUAUAUGUUAGAGAUAAUCAUGUAAGUUGUUUCAGCUUGUUCUGAUGUUAUGAAAACACAUAUAAUUGGAAGAUUGCUCUAGAAUCAUUUGGAUAAUUUGUGACCUUUUCUCUGGAACAGGUGGGAUAAGCAAAGAUCUAAGACAAUUUUUGAAAAUUAUGAAAACAUAGUGAAAGAAUAAAUAAAAACAGAGGCAUUUAUAUAGCUUUAAUGUUGUUUGAGGGCACAAACUGCUUUACACCGAGUGCAGUAAUUAGUUGUGUGUAAUAACAUAGGAAAGGCAACAGCCACUUUAUGCAGAGCAAGCUACUACAACAGUGAUAACAGGUUAAUGACUAAAGAUACUGAAGAACGAAUGACUAACGGGUUGAUAACUAAUGAUGACAAAGGAUGUCAAAGGAUAGAUAGACACUCAAUGGUCACCUUACUUGGUACCUCUUUACCUAAUAAAGUGGCUGCUGAGUGUAUGUUCCUGGUCUUCUGCAGUGGUAGCCUAUUCUCUUCAAGGUUCAACCAGUUGUGCACUCAGAGACGUUCUUCUGCACACCACUGUUGUAACACGUGGUUACUUGAGUUACUGUCAACUUCCUGUCAGCUUGAAGCUGACAGGACCAUUCUUCUCUGACCUCUCUCA